GCGGCGCGGGCGGCAGCAUGGUGGAGAAGCGCUGCCCGCUGCAGAGGGACGGCGUGUACCGCUGGUUCUCGGAGCUGCCGUCGCCGCAGCGCGUGGAGUUCCUAUGCGGCCUGCUGGACCUGUGCGUGCCGCUCGAGCUCCGCUUCUUCGGCUCGUGCCUGGAGGACCUGGCCCGCAAGGACUACCACUCCCUGCGCGACUCGGAGAUCAAGGCCAACAACCCGGCCGACCUGGGCAGCCUCACCAACCUGACGGACGAGGUGGUGCGCAGCAAGCUGCUGGUGUCGCUGGCGCUGCUGGGCUCGGAGCAGCGCGAGGCGGCGGGCGUGCUCUACCGCAAGCUCACGCAUGACUCCAUCAUCCACAUCUACGGGCUGCAGCUCAACGAGGGCCGCACGGGCGAUGAGUUCCUGCUGCCGUUCACCAUGUCCUCCAACCACCGGGCCUUCAGCUUCCACCAGAAGCAGAUGCUGCGCCAGGAGCUCACGCAGAUCCAGAGCAGCCUGAACGGCAGCGGGGGCCACCUGCCCGGCCUGCCACAAGCAUUUUUGAAACAUUGGGGUUGUUGGAGUGGUUGGAUUUUCCAUGGAAUUGAGUGAGAAAUGAAGAAGACUGAAGUCCAGGCUUACUAUCUACCUUUCACGGAGGCCUAGCCAUGAGAGGACAGAAGAAGGCAAGUGGCGAAUCAUGACAGCAAAGACAAAGACGAAAAGAAGGACCGGGACCGAGACUGGGACUGAGAGAGAGAGAAAAGAGACAAAGCAAGAGAGAGUGAGAAUUCAAGGCCACGCCGGAGCUGUACCUUGGAAGGAGGAGCCAAAAAUUAUGCUGAGAGUGAUCACAAUGAAGACGAGGACAGUGACAGUAGUGCCACCACAGAGGAGUCCACGAAGAAGAAGAAGAAGAAGAAACCACCGAAAAAAAAGUCUCGUUAUGAAAGGAAAGAUACCGGCAAGAUAACAUCCUACAUCACUGAAGAUGAUGUUGCCUACAGACCAGGAGACUGUGUGUAUAUCGAGAGUCGGAGGCCAAACACACCGUAUUUCAUCUGUAGCAUUCAAGACUUCAAACUGGAAAGAAUGUCCAGAUGUUGUUUUUGGAGAAGAAGAACUACAAAGUUAGAGUAAAUACUCUUAUUUAUAAGAAGAAUGAACUCAGUGUGUGAGAAGGAGAAUACAAAUGCAACAGCCUCAAAUUAGCAGUGGAUGCCUGCUGGGCUCCUGCAACCGCUUUCCACGUGUGAGCAAACUCUCAAAGCUUGAGCUGUUGCUCAGGUUUUCCCUAGGGAAGCGUUGAUGGUGUCCUGGGGGCACUGCACUGCAGUGAUGGCCAGCAAGCCUUGUAAAUACAAAGCAUGGUACAGGAUAUGCAUGAUAAAAUCACCUUGCUCAAAUAAAUGCAGCAGGAAAAAUGGA